CACAUGGCAGCAAUUUUACCAGUUACUUCAAGGCUAAUUAAUCAUGAUUAAGUAACAUGAACUCUAAAUUUAAACAUAUGACAUGCAUGUAUUGGCUUGAUGUAUACAUCGAAUGCGUGUAAGUUUUAACCAUUAGUUUCCUUAUUCAAGUCAUAAUCAUCUCUUUAGGGACACGACGGCCGGCCACAAUUAGUUAAGAGCUAAAUUCUAAAAACUUGAAGACACCCUACAUCGUUUCCUCCGAUGAUAAAGAUAACUUAGGUUACGAAUGUGGUGCAGCGGAUGGGGGCUGCUCCUCCCUUAAUCAGAGGUCUCGGGUUCGAAUCCUGGAUAUGAAAAAAUGUUUGGUAGGGAGCGCUUUCCCUCGAAUGGGGCCCUACGCGGCGUGAAUCCGGAUUAGUCGGACUCCAAUGCGGGUACCGGAUACCAGAUAGGAAACAAAAAAAAAAAAGAUAACGCUUCCCCCCAAAUGGAGCCCUACAUGGCGUGAAUCCGGAUUAGUCGGACUCCAAUGCCGGUACCGGAUACCGGAUGAAAAAAAAAAAAAAAAGAUAACUUAGGUUUUGGUCUAUUUAUUAUCAUCAUAAGCAGUGACAUUUAUUUCACCAAGGAGAAAAAGAUUAGUAAUACUCAACAUUUUGCUUCUAUUAGGUUAUAAUUAAGUAACACACUUUAAAAGAAAGAAUGAAAGUUGAGAUGGAAAUCGUGUCCAAAGUGACAAUCAAACCAUCUUCACCAACCCCACAUGACCUUCACCAUUACCAACUAUCAUAUAUUGAUCAAAUUACUCCUAAUAUUUUGAUGCCCCUAGUUUUUUUCUAUCCAGCAGACAAUAACUUCACCAGCAUACACAGUAGAUCAGACAAACUUAAGACAUCUCUAUCACAUGCCUUAACCAAAUUCUACCCUCUUAGUGGUCGUCUAGUGGCUGACUCCUCCUCCCAUGUCAACUGCAACGACGAGGGCAUUCCAUACGUCGAAGCGAUAGCCAAAUGCAGUCUCUCAGAGUUCCUUGUUGAUCCAGUUCCUAAUGAACUUAACAAGUUCAUCCCAUGUGAUUUACAUGAUGGUAAAGAUGUUUACUUACUAGUCCAAGCAAACUUUUUUCGGUGCGGAGGAAUGGCUAUUGGUAUAGCCAUUUCUCAUAAGAUAGCUGAUGCAUUGUCAACUUUCAUGUUUAUCAAUAGCUGGGGAGCUAUUGCAAGGGGGAAUGUAGACGACGACGUUCCUUGUCCAAGAUUUGAUUCUUCCAUACUAUUUCCACCAAGAGAUACAUCAGAGUUCAAAUCAAGCAUCACAAUUGGGAAAGAUAAUCACAACAUUGUGACUAAAAGGUUUGUAUUCUCUUCCUCUAAAAUAUCAGCACUUAGAGAAAAAUAUACUGAAAAAGCGAGCGAAAGUAUGAGACCUCCCUCGAGGAUUGAAGCUUUAUCAGCUUUCUUAUGGACACGUUUGAUGGCAAGUAUUCACGCCGAAAGGGAUCAAACCAAGACGUAUGGGAUAGUCCAUACAGUGAACUUACGCACCAGAAGUAAUCCUCCGUUGCCUGAAUCUUUAUUCGGGAAUAUAAUGCACGUAGUUGUUACAGUACCAGCUAAGGAGGAACGAGAUUUUGAGCUAGUGAGAAAAGUGAGAGAAAGUAUACAGAACAUAAACAGUGAAUUUGUCUCAGAUCUCCGGAAGAAUGAUCAAAAACACUUGAAUUCUCUCAAAGAUAAAGUAAAUGAGCAGAGAAAAGGUGAGCUAGUCUUGUUCAACUUCACUAGUUUGUGUAGAUUGCCUCUAUACAAAGCCGAUUUUGGUUGGGGAAAACCGAUAUGGGUAGGAUCAGCUAGCCUUGUUCUCAAAGAUGUCGUUGGUUUUCUAGACACAAAAUCAGGUGAUGGAAUAGAAGCCUGGGUAAAUCUCAAACAAGAAGACAUGGCUACAUUUGAAGCUGACAAGGAACUGCUUUCUUGGUGUAGAGACUCAUCCUAGAUUAGUUUAAGGUUUUUUUCCCCUGAACUCUUUUGAUGGUGUUGACAUCAUGAGAUCUUCACAUUGUUUUCUAAAACUUCAGCAACUUUUGCAAUGA